CCGGCCGGGUUCCUUAGCGACUCCAGAGGAGGCUCCGGCAAGGGGCGGAGAGGAAGCGUUAGCGCUGCCGCCGAGAGAGGAAUUGUCAAAACCAUAGUUUAAAAAAACGGAACAAAAGUUGUGAAAUUGCAGCUUUGUCUGCAGCUGCCAACAAUGCACACCGCAAAGCCCAGGAUGGUGGUUCCUUAUGGCCUCAAGACUCUGCUUGAGGGAGUGAGCAGAGCAGUUCUGAAGGCCAGCCCAUCCAACAUCACUGAGUUUGCUGCUGUCUAUUUCAGAGAGCUGAUAAUUUUUCGAGAAGAACACCCUAAUUUGGAUAUUAAAGACCUCGUGAGAGAAUUUCAUGCCACUAGAGUGGAAGGAUGGGCUGAAAGAACAUCUGCAGCUACUCCAGUGACCCGUUCCAAAAGGGCUGAUGUUGGAGAUGCAUUUCGUUCAGACUUGGACACGACACCAAUGUCUGAUGAACCCAAACGGAAGGAGAAAUCGACUGACACCGAAGAGGACCAGAUAAAUGAAGAACCUCAGCGUGAACUGAGCACCAAGACUACCCAAUUCCCUUCGACUGUGGAUGAAUUUGUAGAAAAGGCUGGGGAUGAAAAGGGAGCAGGACUUGCCUAUGUCCCUGCUGAUCCAGCCCAGCUAGCAGCACAGAUGCUAGGUAACAUUGAAACUUUUGCUUCUGAACCUGACUUGAAGGAUGUGGCAAUUUCUGUGCAGACCCUUCCUACGGUGUCCCACAGUGCAGAGAACAUUGUAGCUCCUGCAUCACUGGCAGAACCUGCACCAGCAGCACCUUCACCUGCACCUGCCCCUGAAUCCGAACCUGAAUCCACUCCUGAACCCAUUUCCGAACCCACUUCUGAACCCAUUUUUGAACCCACUCCUGAACCCACUCCUGAACCCACUCCUGAACCUGAAUUUGCCCAAGCAGAAGCACCUGCUGAAGAGGAAACACCUAUCCCAGCACAUGUAGAAGCAGAACCUGCUCCUGCCGAAGCAGAACUUGCCCCAGCCGAAGGGGUUACCACAGGUUCAGCACAUUCUCUGAGGGUUGGGUCAGCCACUCAGAGUCAGACCUCCGUUCAUGGGGAAGUAGUUCCCUCAGGCAGUCAGGCUGAGCAACCACCUGCUGACGCAGUAGAGCCCGAUACCUCAGACCCCUUGCAGGAAGAACAGCCACCCCCGCCAGCACCACCACCUCCUCCCGAUAAAGACCUAAUGCAGGCUGAGCCUUGUCCAGAUGAAAUUGAGCUCACAUCAGACUUACAUAUCACACCCAUGUGUGAGGAUGACCCUGAGGCUGGUGGAGAGCCCCCACCACCACCCUAUGUAGAGCAGUUUCCACAGCAAAUAGUCAUUCCCUUCGUAGACACAGUAGCAUGUCUCUUAGAUCCUCUAACGGCUUCACUAAAUGCAGGCCAGUUGACUAGUAUUCUAGAUCCAUCUGCAGAUGAUGCAGAAUGUGACCCUGACAGGAUGGAUACUCCAGAGCAACUGAGAUCAACUGACCCAGGUUUUAUUAUGUCAGCCAUGGCAACAAGCGAACCAGGACAGCCACCACCAUAUUCUAAUGUGUGGACUCUCUAUUGUCUAACUGAUUUGAAAGAACAAGGUCGUAAGUCACCACCAUCUCAACCACCCCUUCCACCUGUUGGAACAGGUGCGCCUGUCCCCCAGGCAACCUUAUUCAUAUCUAGUGGUAAAGACCAACCGCAGUAUCUACAGCCGCAGAUGAUACAACAAGGUCAUCCACCACAAGUGUCCUCUCCAACUUAUGUGAUGAUGGAAGAUGGGAAGAAGGGAAAUGCUCCACCUUUCAUUUUAGUGGGCUCUUCUGUUCAGAAUAAACAGGACUGGAAACCCAUCCCUGGCCAUGCUGUCCUCACACAGCCAGAUGCUGCUGGUAAUGUGAGGAGAUUCGCUACCAUACCUGUGCCAGUCGCCAGGCCAGCAGAUCCGAAAAUUGCCAACCCCAAUUUUAACUCCGCACAGGAUAGCGGCAGGCCUCCAACUCCAGUUUUUCUUUCAGUUGCCAUACCACUGGAAGAUGUGAUGACUGGGAAGAAGGGUUCAGGCGCUGGGGAUAAAGCACCUUUUGCAGGCAGUUAUGGCAUAGCAGGAGAGAUCACAUUUACUACUGCCUCAGUACGCAGGACAGAAUAGAGUAAAGAUUGAGAAGAGGUGCUGAUGUUCAACAUUUCACCCCAGAAUGGAAACCUGCAUCUUUAAUUAAAAUAUUGAUUAACUAAUACAAGCAAUAAAGAAAUGCAAGCAAUCUGAA